AUGCUUGUGGUUCCGAUAGUUAGUGGCGGCGGUGGUGUUGGUAGUGGUGGUGUUGGUAAAGGAGGAGAUUGUAACUACGCAAAAGGAAAAUGGGUGAUCGACAACCAUAGACCUUUGUAUUCAGGAUUUGGUUGUAAACGAUGGUUGUCAGGAUCAUGGGCUUGUCGCUUAACGCAACGCACUGAUUUUGCAUAUGAAAACCUUCGAUGGCAACCAAAAGAUUGUGAAUUAGAGGAAUUUCAAGGAUCAAAAUUUCUUACAAGGAUGCAACACAAAACUUUGGCAUUUGUUGGAGACUCAUUAGGCCGUCAACAGUUUCAGUCCUUAAUGUGCAUGAUCACCGGUGGUGAGGAAAUGCAAAAUGUGGAAGAUGUUGGAAUAGAAUAUGGAUUGGUUAAACCUGAGGGUGGUACUCACCCCCAUGGUUAUGCAUACCGUUUCAUAACCACUAAUACUACCAUUCUAUACUAUUGGUCUUCAACUCUCUGUGAUACUCAACCUAUUGAUCCUACUGAUCCGGAAUCAGAUGUUGCAAUGCACCUUGACCAGCCUCCAGCAUUCUUGCAGAAAUAUCUUCACAAGAUACAUGUGCUAGUUCUCAACACAGGUCACCAUUGGAAUCGAGGAAAGCUGAAAGCUAAUCGUUGGGUAAUUCAUAUUAAUGGUGUGCGAAGCACGGAGAAGGAGUUAGCAAUGAUUUGGCGCGCUAAGAAUUUUACUGUUCAUAGCGUGGUUAGUUGGGUAAAUUCACAGAUUCCGAAAUAUCCAAAUUUAAAGGUGUUCUUUAGAAGCAUCUCUCCAAGGCAUUUUGUUGGUGGUGAUUGGGACACAGGAGGCAGUUGCAAUAAUACUACACCAAUGUCAGUGGGAAAGGAGAUAUUAGAAGAAGAGUCUAGCGAUUUAAGUGUUGCAAGUGCUGUGAAAGGGACUGCAGUUAAGCUCUUGGAUAUAACAGCUCUUUCUCAACUUAGAGACGAGGCUCAUUUAUCACGUUUUAGAAUGACACCUAAUCCUGCUGCUGUUCAAGAUUGUUUACACUGGUGUUUACCUGGUGUUCCUGAUACAUGGAAUGAAUUACUCUUUGCACAAAUCUAG